UGCAUGUCUUUCACACCACACGGGAAACCUGCUUCACCUUCUUCCUUUCUUGGUUUAUUUCUUUCUUUGUCAGAUGUAUAUAUAAUUUUGGAUCCAACCAAUAAUUAAACUGAUCAGUUCCAUCCUAUUUCGAGUUUCUGCCACACCCUUCGAAGAGAUCAGAGAGAAAAAUGCCACAGGAAACCACUUCUCCUUCCAGGAAUCCCAGAGGCUUAAAGGCUUUACCCUCUAACAAUGUGGAGAAUCCACUCUCUGAAGAUACCUUCAAUGUUUAUUAUGACUUUGCUCAAAGAAAAGCUGAAGAAGCAGCUUCAAGGAGGUACCAAGCAACGGAAUGGCUACGAGAGAUGGACCAGGGUGCUUCAAAGUCCCUGCCCAAAGAACCUUCUGAAGAAGAGUUUUGCCUUGCACUUCGCAAUGGUCUCAUUCUUUGCAAUGUCCUCAACAAAGUCAAUCCUGGAGCUAUUCCUAAGAUAGUGGAAAAUCCAGUAAUCCCAGUGCAGUCAACAGAAGGGGCAGCACAGUCUGCAAUCCAGUAUUUCGAGAACAUGAGGAAUUUCCUGGUAUCUGUAAAAGAUAUGCAACUAUUGACAUUUGAAGCUUCUGAUGUUGAAAAGGGUGGGUCUAUGAAUAAAGUUGUAGACUGCAUUCUUUGUCUGAAAGGAUAUUACGAAUGGAAGAAAGCAGGAGGCAUUGGAGUUUGGAGGUAUGGAGGAACAGUGAAAAUUACAGCUUUGCCGAAAGGGUCACCACCCUCCUUGGUUGGAAGUGAAAGUGCUGAUGAUUCUUUGGACGGAUCAGAGUCAUCACAAUAUGAACAAUUAUUGGAGUUUCUCCAUCUCUCUAAUGAAGUUGCAAUUGAGGAAUCCAAAACUGCCAAUGCUCUGGCUUUCCUUUUCGACCGCUUUGGGCUUUGGCUUCUACAAGCUUACCUUAGAGAGAGCAAUGAGAUUGAAGAAUUUCCCUUGAAUGCAAUGGUAGCUUUGCAGGUAAUAGACACACUAAUCAGCAAGAUAGUUAAGGACUUCUCAGCAUUGCUUGUUUCUCAGGGUACUCAGCUUGGGCUAUUUCUGAAGAAAAUCUUGAAAACUGACUUCAAUUCUCUAUCAAAAUCUGAUUUUAUGGAAGCUAUCUCACUGUAUCUUGGUCAAAGGACUAGCCUGGCAUCGAAUGAUUUCUUCAAGUUCUGCAUCUGUGGUGGUAAACGUGAGGUUAUUCACCAAACAGUUAACCAUUCAACUGCAUAUGCACAACUUAUUCAUCUUCACCAGAGAGAGCUCAAGGAGAUCAAAUUAGAUUUUCAAGAAACAAAACUUGGAGUCAAACAAAUUCACUCGAAUUGGGCGGAACAACUUAGGAGGCUUGAGCAUCAUAUCAAGGGUCUUGAGGUGGCAUCCUCUUCUUACCACAAGGUAUUAGAAGAAAACCGCAUGCUUUACAAUCAAGUUCAAGACCUCAAAGGAACGAUAAGAGUGUACUGUAGAGUGAGACCCUUUCUGCAAGGCCAAACAAAUGGACAAUCAACUGUAGAUUAUAUAGGAGAAAACGGAAAUAUCAUGAUUGUCAAUCCUUUAAAGCAGGGCAAGGAUGCAAGAAAAGUAUUCUCCUUUAACAAGGUGUUUGGACAAAAUGUCUCACAAGAACAAAUAUAUAUCGACACUCAACCACUGAUCAGAUCUGUCCUAGAUGGCUUUAAUGUUUGUAUCUUCGCAUAUGGACAAACUGGAUCAGGAAAGACAUACACCAUGAGUGGCCCAGAUAUGACUACCGAGCAAACAUGGGGCGUAAACUACCGUGCUUUACGUGACCUGUUUCAAAUAUCCAAGGAGAGAUCAGACUUUAUUAGAUAUGAAGUUGGGGUGCAGAUGAUUGAAAUAUACAAUGAACAAGUGAGAGAUUUAUUAGUCAUGGAUGGCUCUAAUAGAAGAUUGGAUAUUCGUAACAAUUCUCAGUUGAAUGGCCUAAAUGUGCCUGAUGCAAGUUGGGUUCCAGUUUCAAGUACUCAAGAUGUUCUUGAGUUUAUGAGAAUUGGUCAAACGAAUCGUGCUGUAGGUGCCACUGCUUUAAAUGAGCGAAGUAGCCGUUCUCACAGUGUUUUGACUAUUCACGUAUAUGGAAAAGAGUUGGUUUCGGGAUCUAUUCUCAAAGGUUGCCUGCAUUUGGUUGAUUUGGCUGGGAGUGAGAGAGUGGAUAAAUCUGAGGCUGUAGGCGAAAGAUUGAAGGAAGCACAACAUAUCAAUAGAUCACUGUCUGCACUAGGAGAUGUCAUCUCUGCUCUUGCACAGAAGAGUGCACAUAUUCCUUACAGAAACAGCAAGCUUACUCAAGUAUUGCAGGAUUCUUUAGGUGGGCAAGCUAAAACGUUAAUGUUUGUACAUGUAAGUCCUGAAGUUAAUGCCAUUGGAGAGACAAUUAGCACUCUGAAGUUUGCCGAGAGGGUCGCUUCCGUAGAACUUGGGGCAGCUCGAUCCAACAAGGAAACUGGUGAAAUCCAAGAACUUAAAGAAGAGAUAUCAAAUCUUAAACUUGCAUUGGAAAAGAAGGAAGCUGAAGUAGAACAACUAAAAGUUGGAAACGUUCGAAGCAUGACCGAAUCUCAAAGAGGAAGAGCGGUUUCUCCUUUCCAAAUUCCAAGACAUGGAACGUCUUCCAGCAUUAAGCCUGGUGACGAUAAUAGAUCCUCUGAGGCCACAAGCAGAAGCGCUUCUUCUGGUAAGCAAAGGAGGUCAAGAUUUCCAUCUGCAUUCGCAGUCGCAGAUAAGGAGAUGUUGCCGAAGAUGCCUAGUCCAGCUGAAGAAAGAUUAGCAAGUGCCUUAAAGGCAAGGUCACCAUCCCCUCCUGUUAGGAGAUCCUCAUCCACUGAUAGAGGAGCCUCCAAUAGAAGCAGGACCAAGGUUGAAUCAGUUGACAAUCAACCAAUCUCUAGAGUACCAUUCCCGGCUAGAGUACCUGUUAACAAAUCCUUUGCCACAACUACUGUGACCCCUUCUUCAGAUGCCACCUCCUCUGGGGUCCAUUCCAGUUUCCAAGAAACCACAAAACAAGAGAAUAUCUCAGAUGCGUUAUACAACCUCCGUAAACUUAGCAUUAAGAAAGUCCACUCAGAACUUGAAGAUGAGCAGUUUAGGCAAGCACUUAAUGUUAGGCAAGGUGGAAUUAGGAAAAACAAAGCUGAGAGUAAGGCUAAAAUAAAGCACCAACUGCCAGCAACACUUGAGAAAACUGAUGUCGCAAUGACAUUGCUUUCUGAAAUGGAUGAUGGUGAGAAAAUGGAGCAGCCUCCAAAAAGUGACUUCACUGAGCCAGAAACUGAGCAAUCACUUGUUGGCUCUCCUAUGUAUGCUGCCUUGAAGAUGAAGAAGCUUGGGCACAACCUGUCAAGGUAUCCACACAACUUUGAACAAAGGGGAUUAGUGCAACCGCAAGCGGUAGUACCAUUGCAGGGAGGAAAAACUGACAGGUCUCCAAAGGAGGGAAGUAACACUAAUCUGAUGCCUGAAUUUAGAAGGAGCCGGUCUACUCCUCGCGUGAAAUUUUUGGUUUUGCCUUGAGGAUUCUACACCAUAUGGGAACUAGUUUCCUACCCUUCGAAAUAUUCCUUUUAAAUUUUGUACAGUGGUUGCAUUUUCAGAGGAGGUUAUUGAUCAAGAUGUCUUUAUACUCAAAAAAACUUAGAUGGUUUGUUUUA